AUGAGGAGCUUCACCUUAACAGCUUUACUUCUCUGCAGCCUCAGCUCCGUCUCAGGUUCUGAGUCUCAGACUGUGGAGGUUCAGUCUGGUGAUGAAGUCACACUGACGUGCAACAACAUUUUCAAAAUUCCAACUCGUAAGGAGUGGUUCAGACUGAUCAACAGAACCAAGCCCAGCUGCAUCUCCUCUAUGUACGGGUCUAAUGGUGAAGCUUUGCUCUGUGAUGGAUUUCAAAAAGAAAAAUUUGAAAUGAGCUCCAAGAACUCCACUGUCUUUCUUAAAAUCAAGCGAGUGGAUUUAUCUGACUCUGGACUGUAUUUCUGUGGAAUCUACAAGGACCAACAUACCGUCAUUGUCAGUGCAACACAUUUAAUCGUUCAAGGUGAUGGUGAAUCUGAUGGUGAAGUGGAAUUUAAGACUGAAAAGGAGUUUGAUGUAACGGCAAACCUAAUGAGUUUGAUCCUGGGUGGUCUGACCGUUUCCCUCACCAUAGUCGUCGUUGUUCUGGCUGUUAAAGUCAGGAAACUUCAGACAGCUGUGAAUGAGGAGCCGCAGCCAGAAAGAAACAAGAAUCUGGGCUCAGAUGAACUGAACUACGCAGCUCUAAGUUUCCAGGCAAAGCCAAAAAGAAGCCGCAGGCCUGCACCUGAGAGAGAGAUGGAGCCACAUGUUGUGUACGCUGCCACCAGAUAGACCCAGGAAGCAACAGAAACUCAUGCUUUAUGUCAUUAAUCUUAUUAGUUGUUAGUCUAAUUAGCUGUUCGUGGGGUGAUUCAAUUGAAAGAAAUACAUUUAAAAUAAUGUCUCUGUAUUUUCUCGCUCAUGAUUCUUUCAGUUUCUCUCUCGUGUCUAUAUUUCUUAUUUUUUUCUGAGAGGAAAAGAGUGUGCUUAAUGUGUGAUGGAGGACUCAGAAAGGACACUGAUGACUUCAAACUUACUUGGUCUGUGGACGGAGGAGGGAGUGGCGUACACAUCACUUGUUUGACAGGAAGAGACACAGAGUGGUCUGAGAACUACUGUGGUGAAAAUCAUCAGGCAUUUGAAGUCAAAGCUCUGUGGAAACUAUAAAAAGAACGUGUGAAAACUUGUUUACGACAAAAUGAAACUAGCUGCUGUAAAUGUAUUUAGACUUUUUGGAGAAAUAGUGAAGCAAUAAAAUAACAAACAUUUUCAAAGGGGUCCCUUGACCUUUGACCUCCAGAUUUGUGAAUGAAAAUGGGUUCUCUUUGUACCCACGAGUCUCCCCUUUACAGA